GCGGAGCACUAUUUGGCAGCGGAGGAGGGGAGGGCAAGAGCUCGGCCGCAUUCGGGGCCGCCUGCGCUCAUCAAACGCUGCUCAUUGAACACACAGUGAGGCAGAGCUGGAGUGGAAAUAUUUUUUUUAUGCCGCAAUAUGCGUGAAUUUCUAAAAUAAACCCGGGGUUGCUGGAGCCCUUCUGAAGGAGGUCUGGAUCAGUACUCAUUGGCGCGGGCCCUGAGAGGCCGACCCGUCCCCCCGACUCUCUCCUGAGCCCCAGUCAUUCCACAGCGUCAGACGGGCAUCAGGCGAGCUCCUUACAUGCCAGCGUUUUUUGUUUUAUUUUGACUGCCUCCUUUAGGUUGAGUCCCCUCUCCCCCGAAACUCUUUCAUUCAGCAGAAAGAGUAGAGGAUAUUUUGACCCUAGUGCGGCAGCCGGGCUGCUCCCACACACACAGAUGAAUGAAGACCCCAUUCGGGAAGAACGCGGCCCAGAGAUCCAGAGCUGAUGCAGGGCAUGCUGGUGUCUCUGCAAAUAUGAUGAAGAAAAAGAACUCUCAUAAGAAACACAAAAGCAGCGUAGGCCCCACUAAAGCAGUGGCUCAGCCGCGGAGGAACAUCGUGGGCUGUCGAAUCCAGCACAUCUGGAAGGAGGGCAGCGGCGCGGCGUCGCAGUGGAAAGGCACAGUUUUAGACCAGGUGCCCGUCAACCCCUCGCUCUACCUGAUCAAAUACGACGGCUUCGACUGUGUCUACGGCCUGGAGCUGCAUAAAGACGAGCGCGUGCAAGGACUCGAGGUCCUGCCAGACAGACUCGCCUCGACGCGCAUCAGCGACGCUCACCUGGCCGACACCAUGAUCGGGAAAGCCGUGGAGCACAUGUUCGAGACGGAGGAUGGCACUAAGAACGAGUGGAGGGGAAUGGUUCUGGCCCGGGCGCCCAUCAUGAACACCUGGUUCUACAUCACGUAUGAGAAGGACCCGGUGCUCUACAUGUAUCAGCUGCUGGAUGACUAUAAAGACGGAGAUCUGAGGAUCAUGCCAGACUCCAACGACUCGCCCCCAGCGGAGCGUGAGCCUGGAGAAGUGGUGGACAGCCUCGUGGGGAAGCAGGUGGAAUACGCCAAAGAGGACGGCUCUAAACGAACUGGGAUGGUUAUCCAUCAGGUGGAAGCCAAGCCCUCCGUCUACUUCAUCAAGUUUGAUGACGACUUUCACAUUUACGUCUAUGACCUGGUGAAAACAUCGUAAGGCGGCGACACGGGACGAGGAGAGGGGGAGGAGUUUCACCUAACCAUGUGAUCCACACAAACGUUUUUUUUUUUUUGCCAAAAGUUCUCUCAAAACAUUUCUCGUAACAUCAUUUGGAAAUGGAACGCUGGAUAUUUCGGUGGAUUAGUGGAUAGUCGGGUGUCUCUUAUCGCUGUAGGAUGAACGAACAUCCGUCCCCCGACAUACACACGUAGCUUCAUAUUUCAGAGGUUCGUCUCGAGAAUUUCCCAUUCCUGUUGGUUGUUACGAAGACGUUCGUCGGGAAAAUCCAGUUUGGCUGUUGUGGAACGUUUAAGUGUUCAUCUGUUGGACUGUUACAAUCCCGUCAUGGGUUGAGAUUCAAGCUAGCUUUGUGCGCCGAUGUUUCGGGAAACGGUGGAAACGAAACGCGCGGGCCGUUUAUCUUUCAAACCUGAGAAACACGUCGGUCCGUGAAGGAUGGGGAGCGUUCGGGACGUCCUAAACCUCGUAAAGUGCCAGGAGGUGGAGGGCGGGAGAAAAUGUCUGUAAAUAAGACAUCAUUCUGUUUUUGAUGUCUUUGAGUCGGUUGCCAGAUGUUUCAUGUUUUAUCCCUCCGUCUUCUGGUCCUCGCCAGAAUUUGCGCACAGAAGCUCCACUGUCAAUCAAAUGUAGGCAUUUGUUGCGUGAAUCUCAUCACCACAAGUAAACGCUAAUGCAGAUUUUUUAAUCUUAAGCACUAAAUUUAGAGACCUGUUUGUUUUCAAUGAAUUUCAAAAAACAUUUUUGCAUUUCAUGUUUGGAACGUUGAUUUAACGUUUGCCUAAUGUUGAUAUAACGUUCAUUUCACUCCAUUUUACUUAAUGGGCUUCAUAACAUCUACAAAAUGCCUACGUAUUGUAUCAUGUUGCAUAGUGUGAACAUUUCCUCUUGGGUUAUUGUUGUUAUGGUGUAGAUUAAUGGGUUUAUUGUGUCUUAGCACAUGAUUUUGACUCUUUAAGCACUAAAAAUCAUACGGUUACCCAAUUCCCCCAAAGUAUUUAGAGAUGUUACAUAAAACUAAUUGCACAAAGUGUUUAAUCCUGUACUGGUUAGAAAAUGCUGAUGCAAUAAUGAAGAAAGUAUUCAGGAAUUUCUUUGCACCCCGUGACAUUAGCGUUGUUUUUCUUUGAUCAGCCUCGGAGAGAUUUCUCUGACGCUCUGCGAGCAUAAACGUCUGUGCCUGGAUAUUGACUUCUGUAUGUUUUUUUACGUGUGUGUUUCGUCUGAAGGUUUGAGUGUUCCCAUUAGACUAAAUGACAUGAAGGCCCCCUCCGAGGAAUGUUACGGUGUCUCAAGAAGCCCUCUCAGCUCCAUGUGUUUUGCAUUAUUUCAGCAUUUGUGCUGCUUCGAGUUACAGCGCUCCUGUUUUUCACACUUACAUAAAGAGUUUCUCUUGUUCUCAAGCCGCUGUCGACUGCAUUCGAUGCACAACACUAGAAGAGUGACAUGAAGAAAUGCACAGGUCAGAUUUCACUCCAAAAUCACGUCAAAAAUAUUAGAUGUUAUAUUUUGCACACAAAAAAAGAAUCUAUUAUUUUCAUGACAUUCAAGCAUUCUCAUUACCUAAUACUAAAACACCUUAACUGUAAUACAUUUGUGUAAUGCAUCAUGUAAUAUUGUAAAAAUGCAUUCAUUUAAAUCUUUCUAUGAUUUAUUAAUCCUUUCAACUUUUUUUUGGGGGGGGGGGUGCAUGGCAGUGAUGAGAAAAUGGGGUUUAAAUAUGUUAACUGAUUAAUAAAUGGGAAAAAAGUAUAAUAUUAUGUGGUAAUUGUCAUACAUAAGUUAUUUAUUUAUUUAUGUGUGUGUGUCUGUGUGAAGAUAGUGUGUGCGUGUGAGAGAGUGUGUGUGUGAGUGUGUU